UUGCAUUCGAGGAGUUUCCGCUUAGUUUGAAAUGCGAAAGAUGCUGUUCGCUGAGUGGCAAUAGUUCACGUCUGUCAGGAACAUGGCACAAAAUCAAAAACAGAAGUGUUGUUUAUGUGUGCAGCUCAUUGAAUGAAUUCUAUAUGCCAAAAUAGACUCAAGUGAUGUGGCGAGUGAAUCCAGCUAUACUGGGGGUGACUGCUACGCAAAAGGGUACGUUAAUUUAACCUGGUACAGGAAGAAAGAUGCGAUGCAGCUGAACAUCGAAUAGCACGUGAGCCUUAUUCGUGCAGUGACCAUGCGAAUAUCAACCUAGAUCGGUGGUGGUUGGUCACUUCUAGUGUAGGACCCUGGCCCUCGCUUUCGCAAAUGUGCUAAACUAAGAUGGGUUCAUGUUUCACAGCAAAAAUGGCAGGUAAAAUCAAGCGUGAUUUCAAGCCAGGAGAUCUUGUAUUUGCAAAGGUCAAAGGAUAUCCACAUUGGCCUGCAAGGAUUGAUGAGGUUCCUCAUGGUGCAGUAAAGCCUCCUGGCAACAAACACUUCGUCUUCUUCUUCGGGACGUACGAGACGGCUACAGUAUCAAGAAAGGACCUGUUCUUGUAUAAAGACUACAAUGAGAAGUAUGGGAAACCACAAAAGAGGAAGCUAUUCAACGAAGGCCUGUGGCAAAUUGUGAAUGAGCCUACAGCAACAUUUGCAAACCAUCGUCCCAUAGAAGCCCUCAAGUCUGGCUCAGAAAGUGACGGCAGUGGUGGAAAGACAAAGCCAGCGUCCGUUCAUUCAGAGGAAGAAGAGUUUGACUCUGAAUCGUCUCAGGAUUCUGAUCGACAGGAUGAUGAGGACUUCACACUGAAUGACUGCAAACCGAAAAAGUCUGGCCGAGGGAGAGUAAAGCGCUCCUCAACACCGAGUUCACGUCCCAGCAGCCGUAACUCCCAGUCCUCUAGGGGAUCAGCUCAAUCUGGCGAGGCAAAGCGGAAGCGUGGACGACCGAAGAAGGCCGCUGUAGACAAAGGGGUGAAAUCCUCUAAGAGACCAGGACCCCGAAGCAAGAGGCAGUCGAGUAGCAGGAGCAGCAGCUCUAACAGCAGUAGCAGCAGCAGCAGAGACAGUGUUCCGCUGGGCAGGAUAUGUAAAAGCACGGUUACCAGUGAAACCAUACUGGAUGCCAACAUUCCAGUUGUCGCGCCUCUCGACCCUCUGCCUGCACAAGCUCCCGACGCGCCACAGCCCGCCCGACGAUUAGCCGUCAGCCUUGUACGCUGUGAUUCUGUCAGCAUUGACAAACUUGUGAUGGAUAUGGACAAGUCUAAAAAUAGUGGUAGUGAGUCAGAAGAAGAGCUGAAACCUGCAAAGAGGAAACCAGCGGCAAAAAAGAGGGCCAAGCCCGGUGGUGCAGAUGCCAGUGAGGGGGCAACAAAACCAAAAGCGAAAAGAAAACGGCCGCCACCAAAACCAAAGGAAGUGACGAAGAUUGUACUCAGUAGCAGCAGUAGCAGCAGCAGUAGUAGUGAUUCUGACAGUGGUGAGAUUAGCAGUUGGAAGAAGAAAGAUGAGGAACGAAAGAGAGAAGUUGAGAGGAAGUUGAAGGAGGCUGAUGAAAGGAAGCAGCAAGAGGAGAAGGAAAGUCUUAAGGCAGCACAGAAAGAGCUUAGAGAGGAAAGGAAGCUAAAGCAGCAGGAGGAAGAGCAGAAGAAAGAUGUGAAGAAACGACGUUCAUCUGAGUCAAAAGAUAAAAAGAAGGAAAGGAAGAAAGCAAAACAUGAUGAAAGCACAAGUGAGAGCGAAGAGGAGGGAACACGACCAAAGAAAGUUGGGAAGCACAAGAAGAAAGAGGCGGCUAGCAGCGAUGAACAGGAUGUUGAUGUGGAGACUGUUGCACGUAAGAGGCACGCGAUGAGCAGCAGCGACGGAGAGAAGGAGGAGAAAGAGAACCACGCAAAGAAAGCCAAGGAGAGUUCGUCUUCGGCAGCUGGAAAGUCUACAGCAGACACCAGAGGUCGGGCGAAGCGUGACGAGAGGAAGCAGAAAGCGCAGUCUCGGGCGAGGGCACAGAAGGAAGCUGCAGAUAAGAAGAAGCAAUCUGAGAAGAGAAGGCAUCUUGAAGAGAAGAAGAAAGAGAAGGAAAAUGAUCGAAAGUCUGAAUCAAAAAGGUCGGGAAAGACAAAGGAAGCUUCACCAAAGAGAGAUGGUGAAGAGUUGAUAAAGAAGAAGAUAGCUGACAAAAUUAAAGGCAAGGAGGAGGAGAAGGAAAGACUGAAACAACUAAAGUUGAUGGAGAAGAGGCGGGAGAAGCUAAAGACCUUAGAGGAGAAGAAAGAGAAGAAGAUGUUGGCACAACUUCAAGAGCGACUCACCGAAAUAAACAACAACAUUCGCCGGAGCCUGCAGGCUAAGAAUCCUGAUCACGACGCGUGUACACGGGCUAUUGAUGAACUGGACAGCCUGAAUCUAACACAGAGUGUUCUGAAGAGAACUCCUGAGAUUAUGGUCACCAUCAAACGCUGUCGCAACUACAAAGCCAGUGUAGAAGUAAAGCGCAAAGCGGACGACCUGUAUGUAAAGUUCAAAAAGCUCUUCUCUGACAAAGUUUCUGCUGUAAAAAAGGAGGAUGGUGAAACGUCUGAGAUGGGCAACAGCUCAACAGCUGAGCCGGUGAAACCAGCAGUCACUGCUGAAACACUCACGACAGAUGGCAGUCAGGCUGGCAAUGCCGACCACAAACCUGAGGAGUUUAUCUCAACAGCAGCAACGGAUCCACGUGAGCAUGGUGCCGAUGUCAGCAGUGGCCCCAAUGAUGCAGGCAGUGGCGCCCCUGGUGACGAACCGGGUAAUCAUGCACCCACGGAAGAAGAGUCUAUAGAUUCUCACGCCGACGUUGCUGCUGCCGCAGCAGAGCCGCCAGCCGAGCAAACGACAGAGCAGCCACUAGGCGGCGCUCCCCACCGCGCGUACACGCCGGAACCGGUUGUUCCGGAUGCCGAACUCGUGAGUCCGGCGGAGAGUGCGGACGAUGGCGAGGCAGAGGGUGCCACGUGCGCGGGAGCCGAGCCGGUCAGUCCGGCGGAUAACAUGUCCGGUCUCGCGGAACCGAUCAGUCCCGGAGAGAUCCCACCGGAAGACGAGACGCCGGCGGACGCCGACGCUGUAACCACGACGAUGACGACGGACACGCGGCAGCCGGGCGGGGGCGUCAUGGCGGACAUUAGCGAGACGGAGGAGAUCAGCGAGGCGGAGAUCGUGAGUAACGGUGCGAGCAGUGACGACGACGGCGGCGGCGGCGCGCAAGCGGCUGCCGGACUUGAGGAGGUCAGCGACACGGAAGACAUGAAGGGCGGCGACUCCGCCGAGAUGGAGGACGUCAGCGACGGAGACGAGAUCGUCGGCGGGGGCGCCACCGUCGCGGGCGCGGAGCCGGUGAGCGACGCGGAGGAGGAGGAGGAGGAGCGGCGGAGGCGGAGAGGACGGCGGCGGCGGGUCGACGAUCACAUUCACUCGAUCUCUCCCGUCUCCUCACGAUCGUCGUCGCCGGCAACGGCCAUCGCGGAGGAGGAGGAGGAGGGCGCCAGGGAGAAGGCGCCCACGCCGGAGAACUAUGAGCUCGAAGACGGAGAGAUUCUCUCCGACGACGAUUAGCUGUGACGUGCGUGGCGCCCUUUGCUGUCGCAAUGGCAAUCUCGGCGCGUGGCGCCCUCUGCUCUCGCAACGGCAAUCUCGGUGCGUGGUGCCCUCUGCUGUAGCAACGGCAAUCUCGACGCGUGGCGCCCUUUGCUGUUGCAAUGUCAAUCUCGGUGCGUGGCGCCCUCU